GGAAGGGGUGUUUGAAGGUCUUCGAUCUGGGUCAACUUGUCAUUGAAGGCUUGACAAGCGCAUUGACAAGUGUUGAUUAUGUACUUUUACGAGUAGGCAGAUUUUCGAGAAAUAUUAAUAAUCUGAGAGUGAGCAUGAUUGCUGUGAUGUUUUCAGUUUCUCUUGUGGGAGAAGAUUCUUUUGUGUGAAGUUUUCAGCCGUCAUGCUCGAAGUCUCAAUAAAAAUGGCGUGAUGUAGAAUUUCGUUCGUUUGGUUUUCACCUCCCCGUUUCGAUUCUUAUGACAGGACAUUUCUGUGCUGAAAUCUUUUCGAAUUUUUGUAAAAGCAGAAAAUUGUGCUUGUAUGUUUUUUGGUAAAAUUUUUUAUGGGAUUUCGUUUUCUAAUAAUUUGGAAAUUAAAUGGUGAAAAUCUGAGAGCAUUUUGAAAGUAAUAGAAAAUGUUGUUUUCAAUUGCAAGCGAAAAUUAAUGUUAUAAAAUUGAUAUGAUUGAAAGUGUUAGUUUAAUUUGUUUGUAAAAUGUGUUGCUUGAUUCGUGCAGUCGCUUAGCAUUUGUAUAUUAGUUUAUUAAUUACUCGAAUAUAACAGCAUUUCUGAGCUCCAUCCCAUAUGUUUCUUGUAAAAACGGAUUCUGUUAGGAAAUAUUGCUCACUAAACCGUACUAUUAUGAGAAGAUCUAUAUGCCAUUGAUAAAUUAUCUUCAAAGACAAUUUUCAGAUGAUUCUUUUUUUUUUCUACGAAUCAUCUUUUAUAUCAUUUGAUUUCCAAGAUCAAGGUUCCUCAACGUUGCUUUGUUUGUUUUGAUUAGAAUUCCAGGUGUGAAUAUAAGACAAGUCGUGGCUAAUUUCGCUAGGAUUUAGACGAGCAUUGAUUCGUGGCACAUUUGCACAGUGACCAGGAUUAUUCUUAGAAUCCUCCUGACCAUGGAACGCCGGGUUAUCCAGGAAUUCAUCGAGAUCUACCGCAGCGAGCCGUCCUUGUGGAAGGUGCGCUCUUCCCACUACAACAACAAGGCCAUAAAGAACGUGGCUUACAGAAGGAUGGUGGCCAAGCUGCGGGAGAUCUACCCGAAUGCGGACGUGGAGAUGGUGAAGCGAAAGAUCAAUGCUCUACGGACUAACUACAGGAAGGAACUGCGAAAAGUGGAAAAGUCCAAGGAAAUGAAUAGAAGGACAGGCGAACCUGUGUACGUCCCUUCUCUUUGGUACUUUGAACUGUUCCAUUUCAUCGCUGACCAAGAGUCCGAACCGCCCAUCAUCGAUGUCACCGGGGAUGGAGUUGAUGUGCAAGGCAUGCUGGGGGUGGACUUUGAUGAGAACUAUGAGAGAGAAGAAAUGAGCGAUGAGUUCGACGAAGAGUUCCAGGUAUCUAGUCCCGAGAGCCAAAAGACCUCCCCUCAGAACAUGCACCAGAUGACAUCCUUCAGUCAAAACAACCACCAGCCUUCCUUCAAGAGGCAUCGGAACCUCUCCUACAAGUCUUCUGAGGAUCAAUGGUACCCGAAGCCGGAACCACCUUCUCCACCCCCUGAUGGACAGGAGGUUUUCGGACGCUACGUUGCCUCCAAGUUGAGAGAGAUGGACAAGGCCAGUCAGAUGUUGUCUGAGAGGCUCAUAGCAGAGGUGCUUUUCAGGGGACAGAUGGGACUGCUUAGCAGAAAUACUUGCCUCAGCGACGAAGAGGAACAGCGCCCUAUCGUAAAAGUGGAAGAGUAAUACUGGAUUUAUCAUAAGCUAAGCUGCGGUUGCACUAGGGCAAUCACUUGGAGUAAUAAAGAGCCUCGUAAUCAACAGAUAGUUUGACUUCAAAAAUACUCGCUUGUACUUAAGGGAGGAGUAAGCAGCAGUACUCUUCCUUUUUUGCAUCUUCGUAUACUGAAACAAUGUGGCGCUUUUGGUGAUUUACAUCACAACGACGAUAAUCGAUUAUGCAUUUUCAUUGUCUUUCUCCUACUUCGAAUUGAAUCAAAAUUUUCUAUAGAUCUGUGAUUUUGAUUUUUAUGUUUUAGAAAUAUCUAUUUAACAGAAAAACGCAUGCUUAAUUUCAUCUCUUUAAAUCUUUGCCCUUUUGAAUUAGUUCAAGUGCGCAUAAAUACCUAGACCGAAAGACUGACAGUUCGUUGAGGAAUUGAGCCGUGAAUUUGAUACAAAUCUAUUAUUCCAAUUAUGAAACUACUUAUUAAAUCUCAUCUUUCUAUAUUUUUGUGUUUUAGAAAUAUCUAUUUAAAAGCAGAUUGGGAGAUUUUCUGUUGAAGAAGCUCGUCCAAAAUUUGAUAAUUUCACGUACUAUUUAUACAAAAAUUGCUUACCAAUUUUUAUUUCUCCAGAUCUUUGAAUUUUUGAAUUAUUGUGUUUAUAAAAAAACAGGCGUAUUUAUAAAAAAAUUUGUAACUCGAAAAUUUCAAAAAUAUUUAUAUUUCAUUAAAUAUUUUAGAUUGGAUCCGGUAAAGAUUCCCAUAUUUUUUUCAUAUAUUUAUUUUAGCAUGAGAGAAAGUAAAAUGGAGACAGUUGUAAUUUCUUGAUCUAUCAACAUUUCUACUUUCCUAUUGUUCGAAAGGUCACGUGUUUCAAGUUUAGUCAUUCUGCUUUGUAUCGCGGACAGCGAUUGUUCCGGUAUAACGCAGAUUUAAAUGGUAAAUCUGUUGCUAACCUGACGCAGCUGGAGCUGGAGUCUUCUAAACAUAAACUGACAGUUCCUGUAAAUAUUCUUCCCAAAAGAUAUGUUAAGACAAAGUUAUUCAUCCUGCCUAUUUACCUCUUCUCAUUUUUGAACUUUUCUUGGGGCGACAAGAAACUCUAUUGAACACUACAUUAUUAAUUGAUAGUGUCUUCAGAUAUGUAUAUAAAUUUUG